AGUGCCCCGGAAAUGCCAGCAGUAAGCAGAUAGGAUGCUACUCCUUGACAUUUUUGAGUUCUUUGCCUUAAGAUAGCUUAUUUUUUUUUUACUGAAACAAAUCUUUCUAAUUCAUGAUUAGAAUUUGAAACAUCUAUUUGCCCACUUCAUAGACAGAAGUAAAAAGAGUGAACAUCAUGCAGAGAAAUGGCUGCAAAAUACUCAAAGUACAACAGUUUGUAACCCCUUAAUUAUCACCGUGUUACCCUUAAAUGAGAAUUCUCUUUCCGCUCAAAGUUGAUCAGUAAGAGUCUGGCACCAAUGAAAACCCUGCAUCUCCCCAGUGUACCUGGAUGUUCUUAUAGGAGAUAAGAAUUCUGGCUCUGGAGACUGACAAAUCGAGGUUCAAAUCCUGGCUCAGCCGGUUGUUAGUGACCUUGGGCAAGGUUCUUAGUCUCUCUGAGUUUGUUUCCUUAUCUGUAGAAUGGGGAGAGUUGCUGUGUCUAUCUCGUAUUGGUGUCAUGGUUUGGUGAGCAGGUAAGAGCUUGCUUGGCAUACAGUACACAGUAGGAGCUCAGUAACAGUUAGUCCUUAACAUUGCCAGGAAGGUUAAAGAGGCCAUUCUACCCCACUAGGAAAGCUCAGAAGAAGCUUCUGAUGUUUUGCAUCGACUGAAAGACAAACCCCACUGUCAAACCACACCACACUCUCGGAAUUAGUCUAUCUGAGCAGACUUGGAGAAUGUUAACGCCUUGGUAGGAAAUGUAACAGUUUGGAUAAAAAUGUUCUUUCGGGCUCACAUGAAUUAAUGCAGUAAGAACUCUAGACUUGUUUUCUUUUAAAUUAGGGUGAGUGCUUCAUGAAUAUCCAUCACGGAAUGCCAUUUUAUUUAUUUUUUUCUUGCAUUGGGUUUCAGUAGCACCAGAAUGUUUCAUGCAGCCCUGGUGUUAUUCGGCUGCUACUUUCUAAAGGAUUAGAUUGUAAUUCAUGACAGCUCAAUUUUAGUUUUGAUCUAGACCCAGGCAGAAAUACCUAGAAAAGUUAUUUUUGUAUAGUUGUUACUGCUGUUACCAUGCCUGCCGUCCCUCAUGCUUCCAUCUGUGGUCUUUGUAAUGACUUUUUGUAUGAGGAUGAAAAUUAGGGAUCUUCAGGUCUUCAGUGCCUGAUAGAGAAAGCCUAGCUUGAGUUGUCUGUCCAGUAUGAGCAAGUGACUGAAGCCACAGGUGCUGUUCUGGGUUUGGAAUCAUGAGCAUCUUGAUUGAGAAUAGUGGGUACCUCCUGGUGCCUUAAACAACUUUGGAAUUUGUAAUCUUGCUUUCCUUCCUUGGAAGUGUCACUGGGUAUUUUCAAAUGAAGUGGAGCAAAUUAGAGUGUUUAUGGGUUAGAUGGGAAUGAGCACCUUGCUAGGUUUUGCCUACUGGGGGAAAUGGUCCUCCAUCUCUUGGGUCUUCAGCAGGAAAAGUCAAAAGCUGAGGGUGCAGCUGUGGUGGCAGUGGUGGAUUUUGAGCCACCGGCUCAGUUUAGGCUGUGUCAGCUGACGUGUGCUGCGAGCCUGCCUGUGCGGGACCUCUUCUGGGCUCUGGGCACUUGGUCCCGGCCCUCGCAGAGCUCACCUCCGAGGGCAGGAAAGCUCAGCAGCAUGGGGGCUCAGUCAGCCAGCACAUCUCUAGCUGCUUAGAUUUUACACUUUUACUUUUGUUCUGGUUGUCAUUAUGGGGAAACGGUCACAGGGCUUUACUCAAGAAUGCUGUAGAGGGAAUUCCAAGGCCCGCAUGGGUGUUUUGCCCAGAUGACAUUUAAGUGUCGCUUUUCAUCUCUAGGUUCUUUUCAGAAUGGGUCAGCAGUCUGAGAAGAUGUCACUGGUCUAGGUUCUGGUUUUCUUUGUUCAGUUUUCUUACAGCUUAACAUAAGGCAUGAUGCAGAAUUCUACUUAAAGACGGGUCAGUGACAUGAUGUGUUGAGGAGAGGGCUAUGUGCAGCUGUACUUCUUUCAUGAGAUACCAUGAUAUAAUACCUCUUUUGCAGGACAACUUUUGCAAACCGCUUUUCUCUUCUCAGUUAUCUUUCUUCUGUUUUCUGUCUCUGAGUAACCUCAUCUUACCAAAUCUACCCUCAGUGCAAUUUUUGGUCACUCCCAAAUCAGUAUCUCCAGGUCUAAUGUUUCUCUACAGCUCCAGCCCCAUUCUUCCCACCACUUGUUGGGUGACUCUGUGCACAUGCCCAGUGGACAGCCUAAACUCGGCUUUUCUGAGGCUGAAUUAACUUCUCUCCCAGAAGGGGUGGCAUCCUCCAGUCUCCAGGCCCUGUUGAGUCCUUCUCUGGACUCCUGUUCAAAUGGGCUGCCGCCAGAAUUCAGUGUGAGUUUCUAAUCUAGUAUUCAGGGCCUCUGCCUUCCCACGGUGGUGCUUCUCUUUCCCAUGUCACUCCUGUACCUGGGCCCUGUACCUGGCUACCAUCCCAGACACAUACGUUUUCACUCCACUGUUCUCUGCUCCUGACAUCCCUUCUGUCUAGAGUGCUCUUUCUGUUUCAUUUGAAAUGCAAAGCUCUCUUCAAAUAUUACUUCCACCAUGAAGGUUUGCUUUGUUCUAUUUUGAUUUUUUGAAAAACCUUUUUGGUCAAAAGUAAUCAGUCUUGUCAUUGCUCCCCAUGGUUCUUUGUUUCUGCCUUUGUAAUUGUCUGCUUGAUACAAUAAUUAUCCAUUUGCAGGCUAUCUUUCUCUAGAUUCUUUGGUUUAAAAAAUUAUGUAUUUUUAGGUAGAAUCCUACAUGUCUUUAGAAAAAAACUUAGUGAGAAUAGUACAACUAUGUGAUAAAAAGUUCAAAAAGUAUAAAAUCAAAUCUGUUUCUCUUCCCUCUCCCCAGUCCUUAGUCCUCAUUCUCAAAAGUCACCAACAUUAAUAGUUUCAUGCGAUUCUUUCCAGAAUGUGUACAGCAGUGUAUAUUUAUUCUUUUAAGAAAAGCUCCUGAAGGGAAUCACAUAUCUACAUACAUAUUGCUGGUUUUGGCUAUAGAGCAGAGCUCUUUCCUUGUCAAAGCCUACAGAUCUCUCUCUCCUUUUUAAUGGCUGCAUAGUGUUUUAUUGUUUUUUUUGAACCAGUCUUCUCUUGAUGGAUUUUGAAGUUCUUCCCCCCUCCUUAUUUUUAAAAAUGAUCAGUGGACAUCCUUGUUACAUAUAUCCUAACAUACUUUUGUAAGUAUUGUAUAUUUGUAGGCUCAAUUCCUAACAGUUAAUUGUGGAAUAAAUGGUAAAUGCCUUUUACAUUUUGAUCGAUAUUAUCAGAUUAUCCCUCAGGAUUACACUUGCCAGCUUUCUUAAAAUGUAUGCAAGUCUGAUGGGUUACAAAUGACAUCUCAUUUUUUUCUUUUUGUAAUUCACGUCUUUAGUCAUGAAUAAAGCUGAGCAUCUUUUCAUCUGUUUUUUGGUCAUUUAUUUUUUUUUCUUUGAACUGUUAAUAUCCUUUGCCCCUUCUUCCAAAGGAUUUUCUGUGUCAGCUCAAUCUAUUUGACUUAUAAUAUAAAUUCAAGAAUUUGGAAAGUAGCCCUUUGUCAAAUGUGCACGUAUUUUUCCUCAAUAUGUUGUUUAUCUUUUGGCUUUUGGAGGUAGGGGCAUUUUUGGUCGUAUACUUCUGUGUUGUUGGUCGUAUACUUCUGUGUUGUCAGAUAUGUUUGUCUUUGCCUUUGUGACUUCUGGGGUUUAUGUCAUACUUGGAAAAGCAUUUAUGUCAGUAUUAUAAAUAAAUUCAUCCAUGCUUUCUUUUAGUUAUCUUUUGGUAAUAAUCAAGUCUUUUAAAAAUAUUGUCAUAAGAACAUAAUGGUGUUAAAUAAAAGAUAAUAGGACCCUCCUUACAUUCCCUGGUGCUUUAUAAGAAAUUGUUAAACAUGCAACACUUUUAAAAACUCGGGGAGCUAUAUUUCCCGUUAAUUGAGUGUUUUGAUUUACGUGAACCUGUAGUGUUAUCAGAUGUAAGGGCAGUCAUUGCCUUUUUGCCUCUUUUGCUCAAACUCCGGGAGGAGCGGGGUGCGAGGAAGAGGAAGAGCAGAAUAUCGGUUAGCUGCUAUCUGCUCACCCUUCUCGGGAUCAGCCAGGCCUGUUAGAUUAUGGUCAGCUGGCUUCCCUGUCUUUGCGAAGUGGCUUUUUUACUCUAAAGCGCCUUGGGGUAAAAUGCAUUUAUUCUUAGUGACCUUUGGAAUCUGGAUUAGGGGUAUCAUUCCCUUGUUUGUUGAGAUUUAGAACAGCAACUCGCCUUGACACAUGGCUGUGGAAAUAAGUUCUGUAGCUUUUGGGGGUGGGAUCUGGCGAUGAUUCCAAGCGGCUUUGUUUACUAAGCCUUGUCGUACAGUCUUGCAUCAGAUCUUAGUGUUCUUUUCAGAGUGUGUUUAUUUCUAGGACCCCUCUCCUUCACUUUUUACUUCAGGUCUCUGGAGGACUAUGCCAGGCUGGUUUGUGGGGUAAUUUGCAGGACAAUCCCGCUCUCCCUGUGGCUGUGCCCACAGUGCCUCGCUGUGUAACUGGCCUCCCUUCCUCCCUGGCCUGCCCAGUCUGCCUUAACUCCCCAGCGUGGGUUCAUUUUCUUCCUGAACCUGCUCCCUCUCCCCUCCUCAUGGUUCUGUCUUGCCCCCAGCCUGCGCUAGCCUUGCUGCUGUCCUCGGUGCCUGGUCAGUCCUUGAUAGCCCCUCGCAGUCUGCUCUUGCUUUUUGAAUGCCAAUCUCAGUGAUCCUUUGAAUUCUCUUGAACUUGGGCUGAACUGUCUUCUUGGCGGCAUCUACUCUCUGUGACUUUCAUCACCUCAGACACCAAAAGGACUAGUUACUUGAGCCCUAGAUCAGUGGUUUCCAAUUAAUUGAGGCUUUAGUAUACAAAGAUAGCUGUUUAUUUAAAACAGGUAAAGAUCAGCCAGGGUAAGGGCUCUGAUGGAGAAAAGGGGACAAAAGUUGUAACUGAGGAAGGCAUACUAUAGUUUAGCUGGGGGGCUCCGUGGACUUUUUUUACCCCUCUGAUUGUAGCUCUUACCUCUGCUGGUGAUUUUGAUCUAGAAAGAGGGUGCUGUAGUAAAUUCCUCGAGCUGAGAUUUCUCAGUCACAGGGAGUGUGCGUUUGUAAUUUUCACGGGUAUUACUAGAAUGCCCCCACUUGCCCUUCUUCUCCAUCUCAGAGGAAGGAGCAGGAGCCCAAGACAGCAUUAGGAGGGUGUUUGCCACCUGUCCCUUUCCCUGGCCACUGCCCCAGGGCAAGAGUGUAACCUAGGGCAACCUUUCUUUUCCUUCCGCCUUUUCCUUGGCUCUUCCUGCCUCCCUCUGCUGGCCCCCCGGGGCAAGUUAAACAAAGGUGAGAAGUUAUUGUGUAGGGAGUCUGGAGAGGCAGGCCGACUUUGGGACAGUCCUGGGAAAGUUAACCUCUUGGAGCCUCAGUUUCUUCAUCUCUAAAGUGGGGGUAAUAGUAUCUGCCUUCUGGGCGAGGGUCAAGAGGAUUCCAUGAAAUAAUGCAUGUAAGGCCGUUAAGACCUGCCUGGCCUGUAUCAAGCGUUCAGUAAAUGGUGGUUGUUAAUGACGAUGAUGGUGGACUUUCUCAAGUAAUGGGAGAAGGCUAAGGAGUGUGGUGAGAGGUGAGAGUGAUCCCCUUGAACAAUCGCUGAGGCUGGCGUGGGCUGGCUGGACAUGUGCAAGUGGAUGAGUGUCGGGACCCCCCCCAUCAGAGGUGUGCUUCCCAGAGCCCACCGUGGAGACCAGUGGUGGCAGAGUCUCAUCAGCUGAGCACAGCAGAGGGAGUGUGUGAGGGGAAAGCUGCUUCCAGGGAUGUGCAAGUGUUCUCCAGGACACUGGGAGAGCGGGAAGUGUGUGUGUCCGUUGGUUGAAGGAGCAGAAGAGGACCGUGAAGAAGUUGAGGAGCUGCAGUUUUGAACCUCCCAAAAGACCUGUCAACUAAGUUCUCUCCAUGUAUGUUUUUUAAAAGAAGUAUUUCGCAUUCUGGUCCAAAGUAGAGUUUUUACAAACAAAAAUGAAGUGUAGGCCCACUGAUGUUCCAUGCAGGGAGAAAUGAAGACCUACAAGCAACCAAGUACGCUUCAUGUCAGUAGAAAUGGACAGCAGCAGUUUUAUUCAGUUUGAUGUGCCCGAGUACAGCAGCACUGUUCUGAGCCAGCUAAACGAACUCCGCCUGCAAGGGAAACUAUGUGACAUCAUUGUCCACAUUCAGGGUCAGCCAUUCCGAGCCCACAAAGCGGUCCUCGCUGCCAGCUCCCCGUAUUUCCGGGACCAUUCAGCAUUAAGUACCAUGAGUGGCUUGUCAAUAUCAGUGAUUAAAAAUCCCAAUGUGUUUGAACAGUUGCUUUCAUUUUGUUACACUGGAAGAAUGUCCUUGCAGUUGAAGGAUGUUGUCAGUUUUCUGACUGCAGCUAGCUUUCUUCAGAUGCAGUGUGUCAUUGACAAGUGCACGCAGAUCCUCGAGAGCAUACAUUCGAAAAUCAGUGUUGGAGAUGUUGACUCUGUUACCGUCGGUGCUGAAGAGACUCCAGAGAGUCGUAAUGGAGUUAAAGACAGCAGCUUCUUUGCCAACCCAGUUGAGAUUUCCCCUCCAUAUUGCUCUCAGGUACGGCAGCCUACCACAAGCGGUGAUCUGCGGAUGGAGACAACAUCCAGCAAAGCUUUGCGCAGCCGCUUACAGGAGGAGGGGCACUCGGACCGAGGGAGCAGCGGGAGUGUUUCUGAGUAUGAGAUUCAGAUAGAGGGGGACCACGAGCAAGGGGACCUGUUGGUGAGGGAGAGCCAGAUCACUGAGGUGAAAGUGAAGAUGGAAAAGUCCGACCGGCCCAGUUGUUCAGACAGCUCCUCCUUGGGAGACGAUGGGUACCACACCGAGAUGGUUGAUGGGGAACAAGUUGUGGCAGUGAACGUGGGUUCCUACGGUUCUGUGCUUCAGCACGCAUAUUCCUAUUCCCAAGCAGCCUCACAGCCAAGCAGUGUAUCAGAAGCUUUUGGAAGUUUGAGUAAUUCCAGCCCAUCCAGAUCCAUGCUGAGCUGUUUCCGAGGAGGACGUGCCCGCCAAAAGCGGGCUUUGUCUGUCCAUCUGCACAGUGAUCUGCAGGGCUUGGUGCAGGGGUCUGACAGCGAAGCUCUGAUGAAUAACCCCGGGUAUGAGAGCAGUCCCCGGGAGAGGAGUGCAAGAGGUCAUUGGUACCCGUACAAUGAGAGGUUGAUCUGUAUUUACUGUGGAAAGUCCUUCAACCAGAAAGGAAGUCUUGACAGGCACAUGCGACUCCAUAUGGGAAUCACCCCCUUUGUGUGCAAGUUCUGUGGGAAGAAGUACACGCGGAAGGACCAACUGGAGUACCACAUCCGGGGCCACACUGAUGACAAACCCUUCCGCUGUGAGAUCUGCGGGAAGUGCUUUCCAUUCCAGGGAACCCUCAACCAGCACCUGCGGAAAAACCACCCCGGUGUGGCCGAAGUCAGGAGUCGCAUGGAGUCCCCUGAGAGAACAGAUGUGUACGUGGAGCAGAAACUAGAGAAUGAUGCAUCGGCCUCAGAGAUGGCCCUAGAUUCCCGGAUGGAAAUUCACACCGUGUCAGAUGCUCCUGAUUAAGAUGGUAAAGAAGUGCACCCAAACAAAGCACAUUAAUCAAUGCAUAUUUGUGAUUUGCUUUGUUGUAAUCUUUGGUUUUCCCAACCAUCUGGAAAUCGGUCUCUUGGCAGUUUUUCUAAGGUUUCUGGAAGGAGCACUUCAUUGUGUUUAUCCUUUCCACCGUCCUCCCUCCCCACCCCAAGGAGCUCAAAGCAUGAAGGGCAACGUAUCCAGGGAAAGCAUAGGCUGAUAGUAUUCCUCUUUGGCUGGACUCUUAGUCCAAAACCUGCCAGUGAUUUAGCUAUGCCAACUGGUUGACCUGCCAUUCUCUGCCGAGAGGCAUGCUCUCUCGUGUGCACUGGCACCAGUGCAUUUCCGUGGAGGGUGACUAGGAUGCCGUCAGCUGACACAAAUGGGUAACUUUUUCUAAUUUAAAAAUAAUUUUAGGGGGUAGUUAGACAAUUUAUAUAUAUAUAAUAAAGUGAUUAUUAUAUAUAUAGUAUAUAUACAUUCUCAAAUUUGAUUUUAUUCUGGUUGAGGUGAAUGUAAGAGGAAUAUAUAAUUUAAUACAAUGUGAACAGGGCUUUUGACUCUGUCUUGUCCCUACCUAAUAUGUUAGGGUUUUGCCCCUUUAUUUCCCUUACAAAAGAAUGUUAAUAGGUUUUCAUAUAUAUUAAUCAUUGUGUCCAAAAGCAAGCAAAGCAAAUCACAGUGUUCGUAGCUCUGCUUCAUAACAAAUACAUAAACCAAAUGCCAUAAAAUGUAUUCAACUCUAGUUGGAAACCGUUUGGGAUUUUUGUUAGUUGUCCAGUAGGUAAGCUGGAUGACCCGUGGUGCUGACCUUUUUACAUUUUGUAGUGUUAUAUUAGCCAACCCCAAAGGAGCAGUGGUUUUCAAUGUUCUUACUGGCCUACGAAUCUACCUUCAUUCCGUACUGUAGAAACAUACAUACCAGGUAACUAGAUCGAAUCACUCUCGACCACGAGUUAGUGCUCGCACUAAAGGAAAGGGAUUUGUAGUUCUGUCUACAAAAUUCUCCAAGCAGUGUUGUGGUUUUUUUCUUUCUCUUUUCAAACAGCCAGUUCAGGUGCACAGCAACUUUUUCUACAUGCAGUUCCCAGGGAAACUGCAGAACUUGGAAUUUGUACUUUUUGUAAAGAUAUACUCUAUGGGAAUUGCAAGCAAUAUAUCUUAGUAUUGUGUGUGCUAACAAGAGCCUCCGUGGCUCCCCCACUCUCAGUGUUUCCUGCUUAAAGAAACCAACAGUUAAAAAGCCCUCUAAGAUACUCUAUGUGUCACCAAAUCUGUGUGUGUCACCAUUUUUUGGUCACGUGGUGCUAUUUUUAUGUUAUGUAUUUUUUAGGUCAGUAUAGUUGUAGAAAAUGUGAAAUCUAAUGGUAAUAGUGAAUUACAGUUUUUUUCCUCUCUUGAGUUUAUAGCUUGAAAAGAGACCUCAAAAGCAUGUGCUGGCAAACACAUUACUGUAUAAAAACAUACCUGAGUCCUAUUUGGAUAAUGUUUUAUUAGUCCUUUAGGAAAUGUGUUCAGUUCUAUAUUUUGUUCACCCGUGUGCUUCUGGUACACAAAACGGGCUUUACAAGAUUACUUUGGUACUGUAUACUCUGACAGAGAGUCACUUGGUAAGCAAUUUGGUGGUGAGUUUGUGCUGCAGGCUGCCAGUAGAAUGUCAGCACUCCGGACUCUCUGCUUGGGAACCUGGGCUCUGAAACUCACAACCAGUGCGUCUCCACGGGAGACCAGCACAGACCACCUAGAAGAAAAACCGAAAUGAAAAGACCAACCUCAGAGGCUAGGAGUUAAAGAAAUACAAAAAUAGACGUUUGCUGGUUUUCCAUGCUUUUUUGGCUCUUAAAAUACCAAGAAUGGUGGGGUUUGGGGGAGGGUUUUUUUUGGUUUUUUGGGGGGAGGGGUUGAGAAAAAAAGAUUCCUUGAAGCCCUUGUGUGUGAUGCCCCCGGGGGUGGUGGCUGUGCAGUGGCAUCUCUUUAGCACACAGAUCUGUUCGCGUGAGAACUGCCGCGCUCCAUCCACAUCAGUGUUCCUACGUGCAGAUUACACUCAUCCUGCUGCUCCCGACGAGCAGCUUUGGCUAAAUCGGGUCUAUAGUAUGCCUUUUUCCUGUCAGACUGCCUAAGGACGGGGUUUACUCUCUCCCUGAAGCACUUGUUCAGCGCCUGUCAAAGCCGCGUGCCUCAAGGGGAGGCUGGACCCCAAGUGUUUACCCACUUAAAUAUGUUCUGGGGUUUCAGGUAAAUGUUUAUGAUUUUCUUUUCCUUACGUGAAAAAGUUUGGUUUUGAUUUUCUUUUUUUUAAAGAAUUAAAUGGGAAAAAUUUGUGUUGUGAUACAAAUUAAGUUUGUGACAAGAAAUGCCCAAAUCAAGGACAUGAGGGGUCAGGCUCAGGGAAGGAACCUCCAUUUCCAUCAGGCGUGGGGCCUUCCGAGAGGUCUCCAGAGCAUCUGCGAUGUAGAGACAAGUUAGGAGGGGAGAACGCUUGGAGCGAGCACCUUGAGUGUCCUGGUUCUUGUCACCAUGUCAGUCUUAACCUUAUUUACAUGGAGUUCUUUGUAUUUGUAAAUUUGUUUAACUGGUUUGAGUUUACCAAAGAGUGACUUAUCCAAAAUUGUCUUUGACAAAAAUAUACAUUGCUUUGAUUGUACAGUUCAGGUUCAAACAUUGUAAUGGGACUGUUAAGGGGCAGAAAAUUGAUUGAGUUUCUCUCUAAUAAUCAUGAUUCCACGUUUUGCAAGUUCUACUUGCUCCCAUUCAUGUUGCUAACACUUUCCCCUUUCCACUGCUAGCAGUGUUAGAAUGAAUUCUCAAGCCAUAACACAGUACUGUAAGGUUCCACAGGGCUUCGAGGGAGGCGGCGUGCUGGCCGGCACAGAGCUGGGCAGCCUCUCUGAGCGGGCGUCCUGUCAUGCCUCUCCGUGUGCAUGGCGGCGAAAGGUUAACUCCAUUCAGAUCGGGCAGCAGCAAUUAAUUGUGCCUUGUCACAUGAGGAUGUGCCAGGAGGACUAACAUGACCACAGAACAGAAAUAUCCUCUCCCCGAAGUUCACGUCUCCACAGACGAAGUGCGCUGUGUAACUCCUCAGAGCAACUCUUUUUGAAAAGCAAAGUCCCUAUUUCUGUACAGUUUUAGGUUAGAUGUUUCGUUUAUAACAAAUGCAAAAAUCAAUUAAGAUAAAAGUGAUAUGUGAAGAAAUCUUUUACGGUAAAAUAUAUCCUGAAUUCAUAGAGGUUUGUUCAUAAUUGAGUCUCUUCUCGAGCUACCUUUUCAAAUACGUAGACAAUGUGAAGACAGUGACAGCUUCCUUUUCUAGGUGUCUAACCUGUUAUUACAAACUGUGAAAACAAAGAAUUUUAUACUUUUACUAAUGUUUGUGGUUUUAAACAGUUAUUUUCAUUCUAAUCAGUUCUCUACCCUCUAAUUUCUACUAAAGCUGUAAAUACAUUUAGAAAUUAUAUUUGUAAAUACAGUAUAUGAAGACAGUUCAUUUUUCGGUCAGUGGAAAGCCUCCCAGUUGGCCCUGCCUCGGCAGUUUUGUGUUUUUGUUUGUUCGUUCUUUAAACAGCAGAAAGGAUACUGUCGGUUCACUGUUAAGCAGAAUAUACUGUAGAACUAAAUUGAUAACUUUCCACCUUCCCGAGCAUGAGUAGUUGUCUUUUCUGAUGAUGGCAGUUAUAACCAAGUCUGUUUGUCCCUUAGCCCACACCAUAGACCUGCAUAUUUUUGUGUGUGGUUUUGUUUUUAUUUUUGUUUUUACAGCCUAGACUCUAGGAGGAAUUUGCAGGAACACAAAACAAGGGCUGGGGGGGGAGAUCAUCUAUGUGAAUGAGCUUUACUUUACAGAAAUCAGUGUAUUUUAUUUUAACAACUUUUUUUAUUAGUUACUGUGAUUUUUGUUGUUGUCGUCGUCGUUGUUAUUGUUAAAUUCUGUAAUGGUUUCCUGUGAAGCCUCCACUGAAAGGGACUCAAAUAUGCAACACCUAAACUAUUUUCCAAGGGCGCACGCCCCUUGAAUGGUGCUUCUAGACUGGUCAGGGUUAUUUAUUAAAUUUUAUAUAUGAAAGUAUUGGGGAAUUAUGUAAAUUCUUUAUAUGAAACUAUCUAGUUCAUAAAUCAUAGAUUUCAUAUUACUCAGUGCAACUGAACUAAAAGUUCAGAAGAGUCAUUCACAUUGUUCCAAAUUUGUAAUGGUUGUCACACGCCACAUACAUCUUUUUUAGUAAGUGCCAGAGUGUUUCCACUGUUUCUGCCCAGUGCUUGACUCUCAGCCGGAGGAGAACCUGUUUUCUCUGGUUCCCCUCUGGGUCUGGCACAGACAGGGCUAUUGUAGUUCUCGGUCAAGGCCUGGAGUCAGCCUUGCAGCAGAUUCAGUAAACAGACCUCUUGCUGCCCCUCAGUGACAAGUAUGCUGUGAAUUCAACCUUUGGACUUGCUGCCCAAGCCUUUGGUUGCUGCCCUGACUAUAGUAAGAGGUAAACUUACCUGGUUUCUUUGAGAAUGACCAUUUUCCUAAUGUGAAAACCAUCUCUCUCACCACUUUUAUUAGUAGGGCUAACAUUUUUUUCCGUUAUAAAUGGUUGAGCAAUUUGAAUGACUUAACACAGUGUCAUUAUCUUGCAAUAUAAACUGGUAACCUCACAACUCCACACUUCAUCACCAUAUGAAGUAAAUGAAGCUAGCUAAGCGGAUGCUGGAUCAACUAGUAACUUGCCAUUAAGGAUUAUUUUAUAGCAUGAAUUUAAGACUAUUUAUUCAAAUGAUAUUUUACUCUUGUAUUCAUUUUGUUUUAGAUUUGUGACAUGAAUAUUUCAGUGCUGCUUAAUUUUGUUCUGAAUUCUUGUUUCUUGCUUGUAAAUGGCUUUUUUAUGGUAUAAAUAAAGUCAAUGGAAAUUGCUGUUUGUAAAUAAAAAUGCUGCUAGAGC